UAUCUACUCGAGGCCCCGGAUUGUGGCCUAGCCAAUGGUGGCCGCAGCCUUCAGGGACUGAAUAUAUUCUAAAUGUAGUCCUCAGGAAUUGUGUCCUUUAUUGGAGUAUGCAGAUGUGCAUUUUCAAUACACAACAGAAAUAUUUUGGUAGUUACUUUAGUCAUUUAAAAAAGAUCUGAAAAUAUGCUUUAAGCUAGAAAAAAAGACAUGCUCCUAUUAAAAAUGCUUCGUUUGAAGCACAUAUGCCACCCUUCAAUGACCUUCUACCACCCACCGGUAAUGGGUUGUGAUUCUUUGCUAGAUCAAUUGGGCAGCUGCUCAAGUGAGGACCAAAUAUUUGACGUUGUAGGGAAGAACAAAGCCAAGCUUUCGGUGACGCACGUGGGGCAUGCAAUAAACUUGCUCUGGCAAUUUCAAAAAGAGAGGCCACAGAUGCUGAGGACUAUAGAUUUCAUUAGAAAACAUCCACAGUUCAUGGUUCUUCGUGUGCUGGCUGAAAACAAGAUUGACCUAAUGGACAAUGAAACAUUGGUGGAUAUGUUAUACCAUGCAUUGAGGUUGAAUGUUGAACCUCAUGAUUCUAUGGUGCAACAGCUUAUGGUUGAAGCAUGGGAGCGGAUUGAAAGGUUUAGCAUGGCUACAUUAUCCAAGUUUGCUGUAUGUCUGACUGAUCAGCAUAUGUACCAUAGUCCACUAAUGGGAGAAAUCACUGAUAUUGUUAGCAGGAAAAUGGAAUCUAUACAGGAUGCAAGGAUACUUUCAUCAUUAAUGUUGAGCAUUUCUGGUAUGAUCUCUGCACGCCUUCGAAAUUGCCUGAUAGAAAAGGCAGAAUUUCUAUUGAAUACCAGAGAUCCCUCUCAAUUUAACAACUCACGCCGAAUAGUACAAUUUCUACGCAAUAUCAAGUUCAGUCAUCGUCCCCUGUUGGAAAAAUGCAACAAGAUCUUUCUUCAAAACAUAAAAAGUCUGGAUGCUGAUAAUAUAAGCAUAAUCCUUGGGAUGUACCAAUCUCUACAUUUUAGCAAUAGUGACUUUCGGCUAGCGGCUAAAUGGAGACUUACUGAACUUUUGGAUGCUCACAUUGACCCUGCCAGUUUUGCCAGGCUGUUUGCAGCAUUAGGACCUUUAUCUGGACCGGUGGUUAGGGAAAGGCUUGAAUCUGAUACCUUGUUAAUGGUUGAAGAGUUUAGCCCUUCACAAACAUUAGCUGUAAUAGAGACCAUGGAAGAGAUGGAAUGCAGGAAUAUACAACUAAUUCAGAAAGUUGCAUCAACUUUGUACAAACAAUUGGAUCUAUACAAGCCAGUAGAUAUUGCAAGAAUAACACAGGCAUUGUUGUCACUUCGCUGUCAAAAUCCAGAGUUAUGUGCAGAACUGAGACGACUGUUAGUAAGUUAUCUUCAUCGCAGUGUUGUUCCCUGUGAGGUGUCCAUGUUAACUCGGGUUCUCUCCCUCCUUCCUUCUCCACGAAUUGACCACUUGAUCCCUGCACGUAUUGGUGCUGUUUUGCCCCAGUGUAAUUUAAGUGACUUGAAUGCAUUGGCCAUUGCCAUCACCAAGUGGGUACGGAAUGGCUCCUCAUACCAACCCGGCACAGCAGAAAUGCAUAUGAAGCUACUACAAAGACUAAAUAAAUGUGGUUUGGAGAGACUACAGAAGGCAGACCAUAUGGACCUGCUGAUUGAAGAGCUAAAAUACAUUUCUGGAGAAUGGUUUGAAGAAAUCCUUGCUGAAGAAACAAUGGCAACCUUUGAACGACUGAUUGAUCAGAUGACUGGGUCCAAUGUCCCAGAAUUUGCACUAUUUUUAACCAAAACAAAUUGCCUGCAUACUGGUCUGCUGGACCAAAUAGCAUCUGUCACACUUCAACAUAUCAGCAAGAUCCAUUAUUCCGCCAUAUAUGCCACUCUGCUUCCAUUCACUAUCCUGAAUUAUGAACCUCCACAAGCUGAAGAGUUCUUUGAAUCCUGUAUACAGCAUAUCAGGCCUCAUUUGAAUCUAUGUGACCCUCAUCUUCUGGUGCUAUUUGGUUACUUGCUAGCUCUUGCAGGCUACUUUCCUGAAGAUAUAAUUAAGACUAUUUUUAGUGUGGAUUUCCUAGCGAAGUUGGACUCGCAGUUGGAUACAUUGCCUGAUGCUCUGAACAUGCGAAUCCGGUUACGUUUAAUGGAGCUGAACAGAGCUGUUUGUUUGGAGUGCCCGGAAUUCCAGACCCCUUGGUUUCACGACCGUUAUUGCCAGCAGUUGCUAAAUAAAGGCAAUGUUUCUGUCAGUCCGCUCCAGCAGCAGAUCCAAGAAAUAUUGGGCCAGUUAUUGGGAGGAAGCAUCUAUGCCAAAGCCUCUGUAUUCACCCCAUAUUAUUAUUUCAUAGACUUUCAAUGUAUCCUUGACAAACACCAGAAACCUCUUCCUUAUGUCGAUCAAAGUACUAUGCUACUUCCUAAAAAUGGAAAAAUGCUUUGGGAACCAGACAAUGAAUUUAUUGGAGAGAAGCAGCUACUACCAGGAGAACAAAGGAUUGCUAUAGAUUUUCUUGACUCUAAAGCUUUCUGCAAGAACUCUCAUCACAUUAGAGGAGAAACUGCUAUGAAAAAGAGGCACUUGGAGAUUUUGGGAUACCAUGUAGUACAGAUUCCUCAUUUUGAGUGGAAUUCCAUGGAAUUGUCAACAAAGGAUGCAUGGGUAGAAUAUCUUAAACAAAAGAUAUUUAUAGGAGAAUCUUGAAAUCAUGAACCAAAUUUUAACAUAACUGAUUAUAAAAUGUUCAGUUGUAGAAAUGUAUUGAAUAUUUUAAUAAAGAAGAUUUAUUCUUGUACUGCUAAUUUUUACAAUUCCUAAAUCCCAAAUCUUAAUUCAAUUGUUUAAAACCUGGAAAUUCCAUAUUGGUAUUUCAAAAUAAUAUAAGCAAAGGUGAUAUUUAAGGAAUGUAUCCUAUGUUAGUAAGAAGCUCCAAGAUUGGAGGUUGGACAUAUUGAAUAUGCAAUAUCUUGGAUGAAAUUUCUGUACAGUGUUGGAAAAUAAAGUAUAUAGAUAUAA